CAUCGCGCGAGAUGUUCUUGCGUUCUGUGCUGCCAAACACUGCUUCCCACACCGUAACUGUUCCCCAAGCACGCGGGGAAAUGCGUCAAGCUCGUUCUCGACGACGGCACUGUUGCGCGCCGGUGACCAAAGUGCCCGAAUAAGACGCGCUCUGUAUCGUGAAGCCUCAGCUUUGGAGUCAAGCAUACGUCGUUUUUAUUUGCCCGUCAUGCAACGAGACGAGAGCAGCGGGCUCUUGGAUUCGGGAACGUGCUCUGCACCGCUGCCGCGUAUGGUGACGUCACGGCCCACGGCGCCAGCGUGGAAACCGUUGCCGAAGGUGAAGCGGUCUCGCCGUCGAGGCAAGAAAUCCAAGGUGUACCUCGUCCCUUACGAGCCUUCGCUGUCACCCAUCUUCGAAGAAUCGCACAGUUCGUCCCAAGACGACGCGGUCCCCUGUUCGCAGCCGCUCCUCAUGAGGCCGUUCGCGAGGUAUUCGACGUACGGCGUCGUCACUUCGCGUCUCAACCGAGUGGUCAUCGCAGUCGAGGAGGACAGUAGCAAGUUCUGGACCUGGACGGAGCGAGUGGCCAGGAUCCUGACACUGUCGUGGUUCCUGAUGCUCCUGAGCGCGCUCGUGCUCCUGGGCGGCGUACUCAUGAUCUGGACGGCAUUCUUCGACGAAGCCAAUGGCGACGGAAUGAUGACACACCGCAACGUGGUCACGGUGUUCGUCGGCAUCGCCGUAAUCACGAUGACGUUGCUCUUUGUGCUGUGGAACGCGUUCAGAGGGCUGCGCUAGACUGGGAAUCUCUACUCUGUUUUCGUGGGUCUGUCGUUUAGCGCUUGACGAUAAGCCUGCUUAGGAAGUAUGAUCCGCGGACACUGACGUUGGCAACUAAUAUACGGAUUGCAACGUGGUUCGGUGGACUGCACUAUGCGGAAAGUGUCCUUAUUCUCUUUCUUGUGAGACCUUUGUUUUAUGCUUGACGAUUGACCUGUUUGUGAAGUAUAUUAUCCGCGGAAACUGACGCCCGUAAUGAAUACGCAUAGUGAUCACAGCGUUCGUCGGCAUCGCCGUAACCACGAUGGCGGGUCUGUUCGUGCUGUGGAACGCUUUCAGAGGACUGCGCUAUGGACUGGAGAUGUACUCUCCUCUUGCGAGACAGUCGUUUUAUGUUUGACGAUCAAUCUGCUUGUGAAGUAUGAUACGCGCUAACUAACUUUGUUAACGAAUGCUUUUUCAUGUACAGCCAGAGCCGGAAAGUUGCCACUGCACGCAUGACAUUAUAUAGCUAAGCCCGGGGCAUCUGGUCGCCUAUUUGCAGGAGCAGUGCUCGGAAGCUACGCGCAAAGGGACCACAACCUACGGGCCUUCAGAAGAUCGACGGGCGCAAUACAAUGUAGCCAUGACUCAACGUUAUUCAGUGCUUCUAGUAGCUUCGUUUAUUUUGGCAAAAGUUGUUCUAAGCGA